AUGAGCUUGGAGCUUAACAUUCUGGGCCAUCGGUUCGCCAACCCGUUCAUGAACGCGGCUGGUGUGAUGUGUAGCACCAAGGAGGAGCUGGACUCGAUGGUCGCGAGUUCGAGUGGCAGCCUUGUAACCAAGAGCUGCACGACUGCACCACGUGCUGGGAACCCGGAGCCGCGCUAUAAGACGCUUGAGCUCGGCAGCAUCAAUUCGAUGGGUCUGCCUAACCUCGGCUUCCCGUUCUACGAAAACUACGCGGCCAGGGAGCAUGACUACACCACGAAGCCACUUUUUGUCUCCGUUUCCGGUCUCUCCGUGGAGGAAAAUGAGACGAUGUGCCGUCGUCUCGCGGCGGUUACGGUGUCGAAGGGCGCGAUACUGGAGCUGAACUUGUCGUGCCCGAACGUUCCGGGCAAGCCGCAGAUCGCGUACGAUUUCGGCGACAUGAGGACAUACCUGGCGGCUGCCUCGGCGGCCUAUGGGCUCCCGUUCGGCGUCAAGAUGCCCCCGUACUUUGACAUUGCGCACUUCGACCAGGCCGCGGCGAUCCUGAACGAGUUCCCGCUUGUGAAGUUCAUCACGUGUGUGAACAGCAUCGGGAAUGGGCUAUUCAUCGACGUGGAGAGUGAGUCCGUGGUGAUCAAGCCGAAGCAGGGGUUUGGCGGGCUUGGUGGGAAGUACAUUCUUCCCACUGCACUCGCGAACGUGAACGCGUUCUACCGCCGCUGCCCGGAUAAGCUGAUCUUCGGCUGCGGUGGCGUGUACACUGGCGAGGAUGCCUUUCUGCACAUCCUGGCCGGAGCUUCGAUGAUCCAGGUGGGAACCGCGCUUUACGACGAAGGCACCGGGAUCUUUGAGAGGCUCUGCCGGGAGCUGCAGGAGUUGAUGGCCCACAAGGGCUACACCACGCUGGAUGAGUUCCGCGGCAAGGUGAAGUUGAUUGAGUAA